CGGUUUUUGAAUAUACAAUAUAGAUGUGAGAAGUGAGGGUGGUCCGUUUCAACUUUCAAAUUGGACUCGCCGCCCUGCACAAUAUUCCCUAGUUCUUCGCUAGACCAUCGAAUAGUUUGCACAAGAACAAUACCAAAUGGCUAUUGACGGCAUUGAGAUCCACGGACCAUACGGUUCUGAAAAAGAAAUGAACUGGUCUGUGGAACUUGGUGUAGGUGACUACAUCAAAGAAAUAAUUAUCGGCCAUGGAUAUAUCGUCGAUGCAAUUGGGUUCGUCGUAGCCGAUGCAACUGGAAUAGCUUCAUCCACAAUAUGGUGCGGCGGCCGCGGUGGGAACCAAACUAGGAUUACUUUGAAGAGCAACGAAUAUAUUACUCGAAUUACCGGGAAAUAUGGUCGUUAUUCCGAAGCUUCAUCUGAAGUAACCAUAGGAACCUUGACAAUACACACAAAUUUAUGGCCUGUUGGUUAUGGACCAUAUGGUGAGGCAAAAGGGUGUAAUAAUCUUUACAAUUUUUCAACACCACUUCAAGCAGCUGAUGCCAUUGUUAAAAUCUGUGGAAGUUACCAUCGUUACCUUGGUUCCAUAGGUAUCCAUGUGAAAAGGUAAAGUCCAAUUUUCGUAUGAUUUCUUUCAAAAAAAACGUUUGGGUAGAAGGUGGCAAUGAAUUGUUGACUAAAUAAAGUUAGUCCACCUUUUAAAUGGGAAAUAGGUUGCUUCAUAAAAUGAUAUUACGUUGAAAUAUUAAUUUAAAAAUGUUUAUUGUAACAACUGACGAGUGAUUAUGAUAUGACUUCUUUUAUUAAACACCAAGGUUACACUCG